UCACGCCCACGUCGACAUUUCCUUUGUUGCGACGUUUCGGUUGACUGUUUUGCAUUGUUUUGAUGGGAAAGGCGUUGACUAAACAUGAGAGGCUGAACGAGAGGUCGGAUCAGAUUGAGGCCCCGGAAGGGGUCACGACAGGGUCGCCCUCGUUGUUUCGUCCGGCAAUUUUUGAUGCGCUUGAAGGCAAAUCAAAGAUAUUGAUUAGUGGGUGUGGCGGAGGGUUUGAUGUAUUUGCGGGUCUUCCUCUUUACUUUGCUCUCAGACAUGCAGAAGUGGAUGUAUUUUUGGGAAAUUUGUCCUUCACUGCAUUGCGGAGUGUGAAGGGUAGACGGCCAACUGAGCUCAGCAUGGAGAUCCGGCAUAACACCAAACAUUCCAUCACAUCAAACGGCUACUUCCCCGAAUACCAUCUCUGCCAGUGGCUUAAAAAUGAGCUCCAAGACGACGUCGUUAUCUACGCAUUCGAUCGCGAAACGGGUGCCAAACAAUUGACAUCCAGCUACGAGUCAAUAGUCAAAACACACAGCAUAGAUGCUAUCAUACUCGUAGACGGUGGAACGGACUCUCUAAUGUUUGGUGAUGAGUUAUCGCUCGGAACGCCACACGAGGACAGCACAAGCAUAGCUGCAGUGACGGCCAUAAAAAAUGUUGACACCAAACUUCUUGUCUGCCUUGGGUUCGGAGUCGAUUCGUAUCACGGUGUUUGUCACUCUCAUUUUCUCGAAAACACGUCAUCGCUCAUCACUGAUGGAGCCUUUCUUGGAGCUACGAGCAUCCUGAAAGAGACGAAGGAGGCACAGCUUUACAUCCAAGCGUAUGAUUAUGUUAAGUCACAGAUGAUGCCGUCGAUUGUUAGUUCGUCUAUUUCGGAUGCAAUUCGUGGAUGUUUUGGGAAUUAUCACUCGAAUCAUCGGACGAAGGGAUCGGAGCUAUACAUCAACCCUCUGAUGGGAAUGUAUUGGUGUUAUCGUUUGGAAGGUGUUGCACGCAGGAUGAAACAUAUAGACAGGUUGAUGGAGACUGAGUCAGUAGCAGAGGUUGACAAUGUGAUCACAACGUAUCGAGCGACAGUGGAGACGAAACGGCAGCCUGUACAACUGCCGAUGUAGUUGACAUGUUUUUGGUCAAAUUUUGUUGCUCAGCUGCAUGGAGUUAAUCAACUGGAUUUCACUGUAUGGUGUGUAAUGAAAGGUUUGUAGCUUUUAUGUCUGUCGUUUUUAUGAUUAAUUAAUUAUUAUUUUUAUGGUUAAUUGGAUUGGCAGAAC